AUGUCUGGUUUGGGAUUAAUAAGUACCUACGUUUCUGAUUCUGAAGAUGAUGAAGUUGAUAAGGAUAGCAUUGAAAAUAAAACCAAUGAAGUUUGUAAGCGUUUGCCCUUACCUGGAAGCAUUGCAGCGUGGAAAGGUGUUCCACACCAUGAAGAAGUCAAUGAUGAUCCAUCAGAACAUGAUGGACGAAUAAGGAAGUUUAAACAUGAACGUGGUAAUUGGGCAACAUUGGUUUACCUUCACUAUGAACCCAGUGAAGACUUGCUUUCAUGGAUGCAGUCAGUAUUAAAAGAAUUGCCAAUGAAAUAUAAUCUAUUUUCUGAAGAGUUUCAUAUUAGUAUUACAAGAAGUUUAAUAUUAAAAUUCCAUUGGAUUGAUUCCUUCGUAGAAGAAAUUAAAAAAUUAUGUGAGCAGAUCAGUCAGUUUAGCUUAGAAUUGUUAAAUGUACGCGCAUAUUGUAAUGAAGAUAGGACACGUACAUUCCUUGGGAUAGAAUGUAUUGAUGAUAAAGGAAUUUUGGGACAGUUUGUUAAAAAUCUUAAUCAUUCCCUUGCUGAGUAUAAGUUGCCACCUUUUUACGAGGAAAAAGCAUGA